UUUAAUUGAUACAAUUAUGGAAGAAUUUAAAUCUGCUAUCAAUGAAAAAAUAUUAUUAAUUGAAAACUUCAUAGCGCUAAGUUUACGUCGUGAAAAGGUACACAAUGUUUCGUCGAAAUUGAUAAAAGAAACCAAGGAGCUUCAGAAACUUAUGGAUCAAGUGAGAAAAGCGAUUAAAGAAGAUAUUAAUAAAGUGGAUGAACAACAUGGUCGUUUAAUAAUUCGAAUGCAAAGACAGCAGGGUGCUAUUUUAGAAUAUGUGUUGGCGGAGCGUCGAAGGAAAUUUGAGGAGGCACAAAGGAGAGAACAUGAAGUGCUAGCCGCUUUCAAUGCUUCAAAUGCCCCGCGAACUGCAGAAAAAAAACCUAUAACCGCAUUGGAAAAAGGAUUAGAUAAUCUAAAUUUACAUACUAAUGCUAUAACACCCAAACUUACACUAAGCAAUUAUAAGGGAUCACCAAUGGUAAAGCAAAGAAUUAUUAAUCCAAUACCUUUCACGUUUCUGGACUUCGAAUACCGAAUAACACCGGAACAGUUUGAGGCAAUACCAAAAUAUAUGCGCGGCCGUGAAUCAGUUGACGAACUUCGAAACUUUCUAGACUCCGUCAUAGUUCCGUGUUUUAAUAAAAAGUAUCAACUAAUACAUCGCCAACGAAGUACGGUGCGUAAUCGACAUGAUUUAGAAUUAUGGAAAGUCUACAAUCAACAGUCCUCUUAUGUUCCAGGCCGCAAUUUCAUUACGGCAGGCGAUAUCUCACAACAAAUUCAUAAGAUGCUAGAUAAAAAACAACAAAACCGUAUUGUGAUGCUGCGGCAUUUGGGUAUUCUACAGGAACAGCGCGUGCUGCAGACUGUAUGUUAUAUAUGGAAUGCUGAUACCCACUGAAUGUGGUCAUGUACAUAUUUUUUAAUUAUUCUACGGUUGUAUUCUAUUAAAUUGUGCGUGUUUGCAAUUAAGUAUUAAAUGUGUGGUUAGUUUUUAUACUGCGCUUUUCCAGAAGUGCAACAAAAUUGAGUUUCUCUAUGGAAAUAACAUGUGAAAAUUGAUCAAUCAAGUUGAAUAUUAGCUUUCGUAAAAUUGAA